GUGAAUUCCUAUAACUUAGUGAUCACCAGAGACAGGAAACACAGCGUUCCGUUACCUUUGAAGGACAAACUGUCACAUAUACAUGCACUGCAGGCUUCCAAUUUAACGACACGUCAACAGUAAAGAACCUUACUUGUCAAGCCGAUGGAACAUUUGACCAGAGUUUGCCUAGCUGUGUUCCCAUAGCAUGUGGUUUUCCUUCUAAUAGUUUCCAUUUGAAAUUGGCAGAGGAAGGACCGUAUGUCUACAGUCAGAAUGCGACGUUUUCUUGCAUUCCUGGAUAUCAUUUUGGUGGAUAUGACGUCAACGCGUCGUUUACGACACAAUGUUUUUCGACUGAUACUCUGGAACCACCAAUACCUGACUGCAUCAGAAGACCUUGUGCCUUACCUGAUUUAGAUGAAAGCGUGACAGCAAACAGAAGUACUGAACUAUUCUUUAUGGACUUAGUUUUGUUUAGCUGCAGACAGGGGUUGUUUUUUGUAGACGGUGCUGCAAACAAAUCCCUGAAGUGCGAUGAAACAGGAGGAUUUGGACAUGAUUCUCUCGUUUGUGAUGUCAUUCAAAAGAGAGAAGUCACACCAGAAGCACUGACAGGACAAGUACCUGUGGCUGUAGCCAUCAGUGGCUGGAUAUCUACAGCGGUGGUUCUGAUCUUUAUGGUAGUCGUUAUCGUUGUCAUAAAAAGAAGACGGAAUCCCACUUCUCAGCCGUUUGCUGAUACAGAUCACAGCGACACCUCUGGCUUGAACCAAAACAGUUUGAAUCCGCCAGGCAGUGCUGCUAGGGAUCACGAGUAUAUGUCACUGGUGGCCAACAAUAUGGCAACGGAUAACAACGUGGCUGAAUAUGCUAACGUCAAUGACAGCGCAUAUACUGAUCUUGGCAUGCCAGCAAACGAAAGUAGUCAACGACAACCAUCAGUCGCUGAUAUAUAUCAGAACUAGGUGUAACUUAUUCAAGUUCCAGUGCGGAAUGAUAAGGGACUAAACUGCGUCAAAUCAUACUUAAUUAACUGUGAAGUUCACGGCAUAACACAGAGCUUCCAGAGGGUCCCCGUGGCACAGGAACAAGUGUCAUGCACCAGGGCGACCCCGAAGUAGAUAGGCCUUAUCAUGAGCCCACUUGUACAGGUUAGCCCCACCCUAGAUUCUGGCCCACUUACGCCACGCUAAUCUUACUGUAGAGCGAAUUCUCCCUUACACGGACAGUUUAAUUUCAUCACAAAAACAAAACAAACCGCUAAAAAAUUAUUAUAUUAUACUAACAUAUUUUGGCAAAUGCGAACCCCGUCAUGCGUAAAAGGUACUUAAAACUUACGAUUCACAGUCGACCUAUUUGCAAAGGCAUUUUCAUUUGAUGUUUUCACCGUUGGAGGACUUUUAACAUAUUCAAAUUCUUUGGGUUUAAUCGAGCAUGUGCGUUAAAAUGUUUCAAAUCCUUCAAAGCACACGCAUGAAAAUCCUAAACUGUUUGAGUGAGUAAAGGAGGUUACAAAAAUUUGUUUCAGAGUCACACUUCAAAUUGUAUCUCAUUUGUCUUACACCCCAUUUCCAUAGAUUAGAUCGACCUACUUUAGAACGACCUAACUCCCUGGGGGUU